AAUAUCAGCGCUUCGGAAUACACUCGUCGAGUGAAUCAGGCUAAUCGCUUGUUGAAGACUUGCGUAACACAAGAUGAUAUGCACUUUUGGAAACUGAAAGGUUUUACCUGUAGCAGGAAUAACGUGACGGAGUCCAUUUAAAUAAUCUUGGACAGUACAAACUCUUGAGACAAAUUAGGGGAAUUCUCCUUCUGUUAUCCAGGGAUCACUAAUUACCCUUGAAGACAGGGGCUUCUCGGGUCCACAGGCGCAAAAUACACAUUAUGUGUUCUUGUUAACAUUUUAAAUUUCUUUAACUUUUAUUUUUAUGAUCAUCAUGCAUACAAUAUUUGAUUUAAUAAGUAGUAUAAAAAUUUUAUGGUUUAUAUUACAUAAUAAUUUCAUGAAUCGUCCAUAUUUUUGCACCUUUGGUUAAGCAUAUUCAGCAAUGUUUACAAUUCAAUUAUUUUGAUUACAGCAGAAGUUUGUGUCCUAAGGUGAAUCUACAUCCGUGGGUUCCAAUAUUGUUUUUAUUUGACCUGGAAGGAUGGCUUCGAGACCAAAACGAAGAAGAACCUCGACCAAACGUCAGGAUCCCCCUACAACAACGACAACGUCAGAGACGAGAAGCGAAGACGUUAGUAUAAUUUUCCAGCAAUGCAUGUCAAAAAUCAUGCCGACGAUCGAGGAGACGUUUAAAACGUGUAUGGACGAUUAUUUUAAGUCCAAGUCUGCAUCUUCGCCUCCGCCAACUGCAUCUUCGCCUCAGCCAACUGCAUCCUCGCCUCAGCCAACUGCAUCUUCGCCUCCGCCACCAGGGCCACUGGAACCAAGUAUGACGUCGCCAGCAACUACACUCCUUAGUGAAAUUACAGGUCAAAGAGUUCCAAACACGGUUUCCUUACAUGGGUCCGGCCUGCACCCCUGUGAACCCAGCAUUGAUAAGUCUCUGAAUCAAACCGCAGAGUCCUUGCUGUAUCGUUCUCUAUCACCGUCCACAGUUGCAGCAUAUAAAUCAGCAUUCCAGGCAUACAAGCUCUUUAUAUUACAAACUUACGGUCAAGAAACGUCACCACUACCACCCGGUUUGGAACACCUAGCUUACUUCAUAGCAAAUUGUUACCAAACAAAUUUAGCUGCGUCCACUACUCGAACCAUUAUAUCCGCUCUUAGUUUCAUUUUUCAGUUAAGUUCUUCUCAGGAUGUUACCCAACAUUUCAUCAUCAAAAAAAUGCUUCAAGGCUUUCUAAAAGCAAAACCGAUUGGCGACCCUAGACUCCCAAUAACCCCAGAUAUUCUCCUAAAACUAGUACAGGCCCUCCCCUACACUGCAGAUUCAUAUUUUUCCAGAAUUUUGCUUCAGGCCAUGUUUAUCUUAGCUUAUUGCGCCUUUCUAAGGGUAGGAGAAAUUACUAAAACCAACAGCAAAACCCAUCAUUAUCUAUUAGCAAAACACGUAUCAAAGGGUAACAAAACAAAUGGCAUAGGUUUCCUAGAAGUUGCAAUACCUCAUUUCAAACAUUCAAAGUCAAAUUCUACAACUAUCCACCUAUGUCAGAACACCAUAAACCCAUUGCUAUGUCCAAAUCGCGCGAUCACAGAUUUCCUUAACAUCAGAAAACACGAUUCCCCAGAAGCACCCUUUUUUCUUUUAUGGACAACACCCCAGUCCCCCGCCAAUAUUUCACUUCACAACUUCGGCUAGCUCUUAAAUUUAGCAAUUUAGAUCUUUCGAAAUAUCAGGCCCACAGUUUCAGGAUAGGUGCAGCAACAACAGCCGCUGCAACGGGAUACACAGAAAUUCAAAUUCAAAACAUGGGUCGUUGGAAGUCCAGUGCCUUUAGGAAGUACAUUCGCAUCCCUUCUAUUACCCCGUAUUAAGAUUAUCUGGAGACAGGGGCUUCAGGUGUUUUUGCCACAACAACUCGUUUUUUAGCUCACCUGAGCCGAAGGUUUAAGUGAGCUUUUCUGAUCACAUUUUGUCCGUCGUCCGUCCGUCUGUCCGUCCGUCUGUCCGUCUGUCUGUCUGUCCGUCUGUAAACUUUUCACAUUUUCGACUUCUUCUCAAGAACCACUGGGCCAAUUUUGACCAAACUUGAUACAAAGCAUCCUUGGGUAAAGGGGAAUUUAAAUUGUUAAAAUGAAGGGACAUAUCCCCUCGCAAGGGGAGAUAAUCAAGAAAAGACAAAAAUAGGGUGGGGUCAUUAAAAAAUCUUCUUCUCAAGAACCACUGGGCCAGUAAAGCUGAAACUUAUGUGGAAGCAUCCUGGGGUAGUGUAGAUGCUAAAUUGUUCAAAUCAUGACCCCAGGGGGAAGGACGGGGCCACAAUGGGGAAUCAAAGUUUUACAUAGAAAUAUAUAGGAAAAAUCUUUGAAAAUCUUCUUCUCAAGAACCACUGGGCCAGAAAAGCUGAAACUUAUAUGGAAGCAUCCUGGUAUAGUGUAGAUUCUAAAUUGUUCAAAUCAUGACCCCCGGGGGAAGGGCGGGGCCACAAUGGGGAAUCAAAGUUUAACAUAGAAAUAUAUAGGAAAAAUCUUUGAAAAUCUUCUUCUCAAGAACCACUGGGCCAGAAAAGCUGAAACUUAUGUGGAAGCAUCCUGGUACAGUGUAGAUUCUAAAUUUUUCAAAUCAUGACCCCCGGGGGAAGGGCGGGGCCACAAUGGGGAAUCACAGUUUUACAUAGAAAUAUAUAGGAAAAAUCUUUGAAAAUCUUCUUCUCAAGAACCACUGGGCCAGAAAAGCUGAAACUUAUGUGGAAGCAUCCUGGUAUAAUGUAGAUUCUAAUUUGUUCAAAUAAUGACCCCCUGGGGAUGGGUGGGGCCACAAUGGGGAAUCAAAGUUUAACAUAGAAAUAUAUAGGAAAAAUCUUUGAAAAUCUUCUUCUCAAGAACCACUGGGCCAGAAAAGCUGAAACUUAUGUGGAAGCAUCCUGGUAUAGCGUAGAUUCUAAAUUGUUCAAAUCAUGACCCCCAGGGAAAGGGCGGGGCCACAAUGGGGUAUCAAAUUUUUACAUAGAAAUAUAUAGGAAAAAUCUUUGAAAAUCUUCUUCUCAAGAACCACUGGGCCAGAAAAGCUGAAACUUAUGUGGAAGCAUCCUGGUACAGUGUAGAUUCUAAAUUGUUCAAAUCAUGACCCCCAGGGAAAGGGCGGGGCCACAAUGGGGAAUCACAGUUUUACAUAGAAAUAUAUAGGAAAAAUCUUUGAAAAUCUUCUUCUCAAGAACCACUGGGCCAGAAAAGCUGAAACUUAUGUGGAAGCAUCCUGGUAUAAUGUAGAUUCUAAUUUGUUCAAAUAAUGACCCCCGGGGGAUGGGUGGGGCCACAAUGGGGAAUCAAAGUUUUAUAAAGAAAUAUAUAGGAAAAAUCUUUGAAAAUCUUCUUCUCGGGAACCACUGGGCCAAAAAGCUGAAACAUAUGUGCCCAUGGAAGGAUCAUGUGGUAGUGUAGAUUUCAAAAUGUCUAAAUUAUGAUCAGUGGGGUAGGAUGGGGAUGCAUUAUGUAUAACAAGGGUGAAAUCUGCUAAAGAACAGAAUGGUCAAAGCUUCUCAGGUGAGCGAUGUGGCCCAUGGGCCUCUUGUACCUUAAGACAGGGGCUUAAGGUAAUCCUUAAUAUGAACAUUGUUACUUAGAGACAGGGGCUCUAAGUAUGGUUAAUGUUAGUAGUUUUUCUUGAGACAGGGGCUCAAGUAAAACCUUAACUUCUAAAGUAUUGUCCUUUCAUGUAUUUUGAUUUUGUGUUACACUUUCAUUUGAUCCUUAUAGUAAUUGUCAGCAAGAGAAUGGUGUGACAUUUAAUUUUUGUUUUGUCUAUGAUGAUGUUGUUGGAUGGGGGCGGUAACAAGCCAGCAUGAGCUUCUUUUCCUUCUUGCGCCGGUAUUACAAUGCUACCUUGUUACGGUGGCAGAUGACGCCCCAUAUUGUCUUUGUGUUGUACAUGUAUAUAUGCUGACAUUUUUUAGAUAGAUGUUUUUUGGAUUAACAAUUUUUACAAUUGAGACUCAGGGACGUUUUUUUAAUUUUAACACAGGUGCUUAAUUGUUGUCAAUAGUAUUUUUUGUUUCUUUUUCUAGUCAGAAUCGUGCACCGACCUUGCGGUUUCAUAGCAUAAUAUUUUUGUCUUUAGUCCUUUUAAUUUGAUUGUAUGUAUUUUUAUUGUUUGUCAUUUAUUGCACUUGUUUGAAUAAAUGACCAUUCUUAUUCCUCUACUUUUUGUUACUGUUAUAUUUUCGGGGAGAUUGCCAAACAACAUAAAACACAUUUAUAUAUAUAAAUGGUUUAUGGUGGUUGCACUGUGUGUUCAUUUUUAGUUUUAUACGCAGUACUAGCUAUUAAUAGAUUCAGCUACUGCUCUACAUAGCUCCUAGUGGAAUUUUCCAUGCGCAUGCGCAUUGGUUAUUUUAUUUGUAAACAUUGGCUGCAUUCAUUGUCUAACCACCACCCUCCCCUUUACCUUUUUUAUUUUGUUGUAUAUAUUUUAAAAAUGCCUUCUUUUUUAGGCCAUUUUAGCCGCCAGAGCAGAUGACGCCCCAUAUUGUCUUUGUGUUGUACAUGUAUAUAUGCUGACAUUUUUUUUUAGAUAGAUGUUUUUUGAAUUAACAAUUUUUACAAUUGAGACUCAGGGACGUUUUUUUAGUUUUAACACAGGUGCUUAAUUGUUGUCAAUAGUAUUUUUUGUUUCUUUUUCUAGUCAGAAUCGUGCACCGACCUUGCGGUUUCAUAGCAUAAUAUUUUUGUCCCUAGUCCUUUUAAUUUGAUUGUAUGUAUUUUUAUUGUUUGUCAUUUAUUGCACUUCCCAUAUUGUCUUUUUGUUGUACAUGUAUAUAUGCUGACAUUUUUUAGAUAGAUGUUUUUUGGAUUAACAAUUUUUACAAUUGAGACUCAGGGACGUUUUUUAGUUUUAGCACAGGUGCUUAAUUGUUGUCAAUAGUAUUUUUUGUUUCUUUUUCUAGUCAGAAUCGUGCACCGACCUUGCGGUUUCAUAGCAUAAUAUUUUUGUCCCUAGUCCUUUUAAUUUGAUUGUAUGUAUUUAUAUUGUUUGUCAUUUAUUGCACUUGUUUGAAUAAAUGACCAUUCUUAUUCCUUUA